AUGUUGUUCGCAAACAAGCUAGAGCACGAGAUUUACAAGCCUUGGAAAGAGUACUACCUCAACUACAAUGGGUUGAAGAAGCUCUUGAAAGAGGGCGUGAUUCUCCAAAACAACUGGUCGGACAAGGACGAGCAGAAUUUCGUCAGCGCCUUGGACUCGGACUUGGAAAAGGUCUACACCUUCCAACACAACAAGUACGAGGAGUUGAACGACAAGUUGAACGAGUUGCAGAGCAAGACCGAAAACGCCGAGCGCAAGUUCGAAGUCGACAAGUUCACCACCGAGUUGGAUGAGCUCCUCAACGCCGCCCAGGACUUGGAGCACUUCCAGAGACUCAACUACACCGGUUUCAUCAAGAUUGUCAAGAAGCACGACAGACUCCAUCCAUCGUACUCCGUCAAGCCUCUUUUGAACGUCAGAUUGAAGUCAUUGCCCUUCCACUCCGAGGAUUACUCGCCUUUGUUGUACAAGAUUGGUGCCCUUUUCCAAUUCUUGAGAGACAACUACAACGUGGACCAAUCCAUCUCAAAGCUCUCUUCCUUCACCGAGUCUUCGGCUAACACCGAGUACCAAUCUUUCAAGUUUUGGAUUCAUCCUGAAAACUUGAUGGAAGUCAAGACCACCCUCUUGAGACACUUGCCAGUACUUGUUUACAACAACAAGCGCAUGGAUGGUGACGAUGUGGACGAUGACGACGAGGAUGAAGAGGAUGGUGAAAGCAAAAACACUCAAUCUGAGCAAAAUGUCAACUGUCUUUACUUCGAUAACGACCACUUCGAAGUGUACAACAGUAAAUUGACCAAAAUUAGCAACUCAUCUACUUUAAGAUUGAAGUGGAUUGGUAAGUUGCAAGACAAGCCAAACAUCACCUUGGAGAAGAAGCAAUUUGACUCCAACUCCAACUUCCAUUUGGAUGACAAAAUCUCUUUGAAGCAAAAAUACAUUGGUGACUACAUUAUUAAAAAGGAAAUUCCAACCAAAUUGAAAAAAAUUAACGACCCAGAGUCAUUAAACAAUGUCCUUGCUUACAUCAAGGAAAACAACUUGCAACCAGUCUUGAGAACUGUUUACAAGAGAACUGCUUUCCAAAUCCCUGGAGAUGAUAAGGUUAGAGUUAUCAUUGAUUCCAAUCUUACCUUCAUCAGAGAAGAUUCAUUUGAUCAGCAAUUGCCAAUUAGAGAUCCUUCUAGCUGGCACAGAACUGAUAUCGAUUCCAAGGCAUCGAACCCUCUUCAAUAUUUGAGAAAGGGUGAAUUCUCCAAGUUCCCAUACUCUGUCAUGGAAAUCAAGAUUAAGAAGUCCGCUUUGAAGACUUCCAAAAAAUUGAACUGGAUCAACGAAUUGAUCAGCUCUUCUCAUUUGAUCAAGGAGAUUCCAAAUUUUUCCAAAUUCAUUCACGGUAUUGCCGCAUUGUUCAUUGAAGAUGAAAAGUUGGAAAAUGUUCCAUUAUGGUAUAACGAAUUGGAGAAUGACCUUUCAUUUAAUCCUGAAUUAUACUUGAAGAAGGCAAGAAUUGCAAGCGAGGAAGAGUCGAGGGACAGUCUUACAAACGAAGACAACUUGUCCAAGUUCAAGGAUAUGAUCUCCAAAAACAACAGCAGCACCUUCCAACCAAGAUCUGCUUCAUUUUCGGGAUCACUUUUGCUCAACUUGAACUCUAAGGAUGAAAACUUGGAUGGUUCUAAGCCAAUUUCCAGCGCUCUUACUGAGAUUGUGGAGGAAACUAAUGCUACCACCCAAUCGUCCGAUUUCGACGAUGAGGAUGACGAGGACGAGUUUCUUUCCAAGUCUAAGCGUGGGCCAUUGGCCAAGAUCUGGAACAUUCCAAACCAGUUCUCCAAGUUAAUCGAUGCCGACUCCGAAGACGAGGAAAUCGAAUUGCCAAUGGGCGUGACCAAGCCAGAUAGCUGGAUCAAGAAUGCCGGUCCUCUUAAGAUCGAGCCAAAGGUCUGGUUAGCCAACGAAAGAACCUUCAACCGUUGGUUACAUGUCACCACCUUGUUGUCAUCACUUACGUUUGUUCUCUACUCCAGUUCCCAAAAGUCCAACUUUAGUGGCAUUUCUGACUACUUGGCGUACUUUUACUUCGCCUUGACCUUGUUUUCUGGUGUCUGGGGAUACUACAUUUUCUUGAGAAGAAGAAGUAUCAUCAUGGAAAGAUCCGGUAAGCAUUUGGACAACAUUAUUGGACCAUUGAUCAUUGCCUUGGGAUUAGUCUUCGCUUUGAUCUUCAACUUCAUUUUUGGCUGGAGAAACUUGAACGUUGAUCUCAACGAUCCUUUCUACGAAACCAACUCCUUCCACAAGUAUGUGCAUGAGUUUGUUCUCCAGUCUGUUUAA